AUGGUUAAAGCAAAGACAACCGGAGCAAGGAGGACUACUCAUAGAGUAACAUCCUUACCACGUCGGUUAUUUUACAAGACGAAACGUGUUAUUAUGACACCUAUAAGAAAAGCCAGAACUCACACUACUGGAACUACAACAGCUCCUACCACGACUACUCGAAGAAAGAAACCAUUAUUCGGUGGGUUAACAAGAAGACACAAAGCUCCUGGAACUCAACCUGCUCAUAGAACAAGAAAUCCUAAAUUAUUUGGAUUCGCCAGAAGGAGAAAGAAUCCUCAUCAUCAUACAACCGCUAACACUACUUCUCCUAAAACCAAACUUCGUGCUUUAUUACACAGGAGGAUUUGA